AUGUCUGGCUAUUCACGCCACAAUCCAGGGCACGAUCCUUAUAUCGACUAUGCUGCUCAAUCCGAAGCACAUCCAGAGCGCGUUUAUGGGUCGCAUCACCCAGAACUCCAACAAGUUGGCGCGCCAAGUCUCGAAUCUCUUCAUCUUGGAGCGCAUCAUCAACAGCAGCAACAGCAGCAACAGCAACAACAGCACCAUCAGGUGUUACUAGAUCCACACGGCAUGUCCCACCACCAAUCCCCUCAGUACGUUGGUGGGCAGCAGAUGAGAGGGUAUUUGGGCACGCCAAUGCAGCAGCAGCAGUCAUCUAGUGUAGGCAAAAGACCGAGAACUCAUGAAGAACUGGCGAUGGGAAUGGGAGGGGUGUCGGGAGGUCAAAUGCAUGGGGAGAUGCAAGUUAUGCCUUCACAAAUGUCUCAACAAACGAUGAGUGGUUAUGGUGGUGGACCUCAAGCUUUUCACAGUCAUGCAUUGCCUAAUCAAGGAUCCCGAGGCUCGAAGAUUCCUCGUCUCGGUGAAGCGUCAGAAUCAAGUAUAAUGUCGCAAGGUGCGCCAAGUGUGGUGGGUGCUGUCGGAAUGCCACUUCCUGCUGCAAGGCCGCGGGGUCCAAAGUUAAAGUUUACACCAGAGGAUGAUCAGUUGCUGGUGGAUUUGAAGGAAAACAAGUCUUUGACUUGGAAGCAAAUUGCGGAGUUUUUCCCUGGGCGAUCGUCGGGAACAUUGCAAGUCCGCUAUUGUACAAAGUUGAAGGCUAAGACAACUCAAUGGAGUGAUGAGACGGUUCAAAAACUUCGAACAGCGGUCCAUGAUUACGAGCAAGAGAAAUGGCGUAUUGUGGCACAAAAAGUCGGAACGGGAUUCACAUCUACGGCUUGCAAAGAUAAAUGGACUGAAUUGAUGCAUCCCGAUGAUUCCGAUUUGCAAUCACCAGAACCGGAAGAUCUCCCCGGAGAUGCGGAAUAUUAG